UAACUCUGCCGUGUAUUACUGUUUAUAUGGCUUCUAAUUCUUUGAUAUUGCAAUUCAUGCGACUUAUAAAGAAUUUUUUCAUGAACGACUUUGAAGAAAAUCGGUAAACAUUUUUUAAAAAGAAGAAUGAAAAUUCCAUUUCUUGCAAUUAGUAUAUGGAUGUUCAUUUGUAUGACAAUAUUUGGAGUAGUUAGUUACACUUAUGUCUUAUGGAGUCAGUAUUGGCGAUCAGCUUUAGAGAAAAAACAGUUAAUACUGAAUAAAUCUAAUUACAUUCAGGAAACUCCCAUGCAAGCAGUUCAGACAAAUGCUUAUUCCAACUCUCAAAAAAGUAACAUUACAGAUGAAGUACCAUCUGACAAAUUAAACAACAAAAUUCACACUUACAAAAAUCAGUUGCUAAUUCAGCUGCGCAAAGCCCAAUUAGCAGCUGGGAGUGUGCUUUUUCAUAAAGAUAAAGGAGAAACAAAUAUAUAUAAAGUAAAAUUUAAAAGGCAGAAUAUUAGAAUUCCUCAGAAAUCUCAACAUGAGUUAAUUUGUGAGUUAAAAGAAAAGGUUAAGAUGGAAAUGCUGCAUAAAAAUGUGGAACCUUUCAGUAAGCUUGGUUAUGAUAAAUACUUCCCUUCUGAAUCAAUUUCUGAUAUAUUUCCUAAGCAUGCCAGUUGUGCUAUGGUAUCUAGUUCUGGUUCUAUGUACAAGUCCAAGUUAGGAAAAGAGAUUGAUUCUCAUGACAUAGUGCUGCGAUUCAACAGUGCUCCAACAGAGGGAUACCAAGAAGAUGUUGGAUUUAAAACAACCAUCCGUUUCCUUAAUUCACAAGUUGUGUCAAAACCAGAAUUUGAUUUCUUGAAUUCACCCAUGUAUCGUAACAUUACUUUGAUUGUAUGGGAUCCAUCAAAAUAUCAUGGCUCUCUGGAAGAGUGGUAUAAGAAACCUGAUUUUGACCUAUUUUCUACAUAUUGGUUACAUAGAGAAAUAUAUCCCGAUCAGUAUUUUUACAUUUUGCAUCCAGAGGUCUUGUGGACAGCUUGGGAUUUUAUCCAAUCAAAUACAUUAGUACCUGUUGAACCUAAUCCUCCAUCUUCUGGAUUUUUAGGUAUUCUGCUAUUACUACACAUAUGUGACAGUGUUGAUGUGUAUGAAUAUGUCCCAUCUAUGCGGCUUACAAAACGUUGUCAUUAUUUUGAUGUUCAUGAAGACAUUGGAUGUACCUUGGGUGACUGGCAUCCUCUGGCUUCUGAAAAACUCAUUUCCUUGACAUUAAAUGAAGGAUCUGAUAGAGAUAUAUUUGUGACCGGAAAGAUUAAAAUGACUGGUUUUGAUAAACAAGAUUGUUAAAUAAAAAUGGAAGAACAUCUGUAUAGCCAUGAUGCAGCUGGAAUUUGCAGUUCAGGUAAAAUAUUUCCUGUUCAAAAUCAUUUAAGAUUGUGGAAGCCUACAAAAUAUUUUUCCUGAAUUUUUUCGUCUCAUGUUCAAACUGUCUUGAUGAAUGUCUUGAAAAUUCAUCAGUGGCAAAUAAUGUUGGUGUGCUUGGUUUUCUUUUCCCAGUAAGUAGACAGCAGAAAUCGAAUUUAGUUGAGCUUCAGUGUUGUAGCAGAUAUGAUUUUAAUUGUUUUUAUUCUUUAUUAUGUAAAUCUUAAUAUAUGUCAUGUUGUGUGGUGAAUAUAUGUCAUAUUAAUCAUGAAUGUAUGUGAGGUUGAUUUUUUUGUUGUUAUUUAUUAAAUACAGUGAAGCCUAUUGCAUGCUACACUUUUUAAAAUAAUUGUAUAUUAUUGUAUAUAAUAUUUUGAUUCGUUGUCACAUGAUAAAUCAUUAAAGUAAAUAUAUUCAUCCAGGCAUUAAGAAAAAUGUGCUUUCCUCUUUUCCAUACGAAAUGAUACAUGUUUUACCAUUCUGGCUAUAUUUUUAUAUGAUUGUUAGGAGACUUUUCAGUUAUUUAAUGUGUCAUAUUUAUUGGAACAGUUGAUCAAUUAUCCUAAGUCAUGUGAGAAGGCAUAUUACAAGGAAUACUUUUGUUACUUGAAAAAUUUACAUUUUAAUUCUUAAAAUGUUGAUAAAGAUGUAUUUUGUAGGAAAUGUGAUGCAUAGAUAAUUAUACUGUUUAUAGAUAUCUAAUGCUUGAAAAGUGUUUUCCUAACGAGACUAUUGUGUAAUAUUUCUUUCUGUCAUUUUCAAAUAAUGCUUGUGAAACCAAUGAAAUUAUCUGUAUAUCAUUUUCUCCAGUAUCUACAAUUCAGAUUGGUGUAUAUAAAUUUUAAGCAAUAGCUGGACUUGUAAAGACCAAUUUUCAAAUUUGUUGUAUUAAUGUGCUGUUUAAUUAUGAUGCUUAUCGAAUUAGUAGGAUUUAUUUAGUCUUUCAUCAAUUAUCGACAGCUAGGUACAGAAAAACUUUUUAUAAAUGAAUUUUUAAUCAAUAAAAAAAGUGCAUUUGGUACUUCACUAUAUUGAUACAAUUAAUGGGGGAUAUUUUUCUUUAUUAAUGUCUUAAUUUUAAAAGCUGUGGUUGUUUUAUUGUAAAUUAUUUGGAAUAAAAAGGACGUGUUCACUUUUGCUGAAUGAUAUUAAAUCACCCCCCCCCCCUUUUAAUGUAGUACUCUAACAAAAAGUGUCUUGUUUUGAGAAUGUCAGAAAUAACUUCUCUGAUUGUUGUAGUUUUAGCAGUGGGAACUGUGUAUAGUUAUUACAUUAUUGUACUUAUUUUUGCUUUUGGUGACAAACACCAAUGAAUGUUUCUUUGUGAUCUGCAUGUGCUGAAUAGAAAUUUGAAAUUUAUUUAUCUCAAUGGUCAAUUGUAAGAAUGAUAUUGAAAGAUCCCGUUUAUGAAACCCUUUUUGCUGAUUAUCUUUCUUACGUAGGAAGCCUCAUGCAUAUUUCCUCUGACGUCAUAUGUUAGUUGUUCUUAUAUUGUCAGUGUUUGGACAGUAGGAUACCAGCUAUGUAUCAUUCUUAGCGUCUAACCACUCUUCAAAAUCGAGCUUUGUCUGGAAUAUCUCUGGCAUAGCUUCAAAGCAGGAUGUUAAUAAAAUUUUAAAUGAAACCUUCAUCUACUUAGCAUUUUGUUAUAUAAAGUUUAAAAUUAUUAAUUGCAACUUUUAAUAUUUCUUUUAAUUUAUUGCUUAUCUUAACUUUUAAAUGCAUAA